AUGAUUACCCAGUCCAGCAUACAACCCGCAUUAGGGUCUACACCCGACAGCUCGGUUGACGGUUUGCCAAGCAAUGUCGCAACCCCGCCUUCAGCGUGCGACCUGUGCGAAAGACUGCUACAGCUGUUUAACGAGUCUUCUACGAUACGCUGCUUUGAUUUGGGGCCUCUAGACAGCGCAAUACUGACCGACUGCCCGAUACACAAAAGACUACUUGAGAGCUACAUCUCUAGAUGUAUUCAAAACGAUCCAGAUCCGGCCCAUUGGGGCGACGACGUGACAUUCACAACGCAGGGCAACGUGGUGGAAGUAGAAAGAUCUCACAUGGGCAGAACUUUCUCCUGGGAACUUCUCCUGGCCAAGAAAGAUGCCGAUGCCGAUCAUAUCGGCAAAGGAGUCAUUUUAGACCCAGAUUGGGUAAACCUGGAUCUCAUCAAACAGUGGAAAAAUCAAUGCCUUUCGUUCCAUGGUGAUAAAUGCGACAAUCCCUUGAGGGUUUGGCGCACAAAACCAGCUUGGCUAGUUGAUGUAAAACAGAAAUGCAUCAUCCCGGGAUUGAAGGCCGACUCAUUUGUUGCCCUGAGCUAUAGGUGGGGCGAUGCUAUUGGAGUGAGCAUGAACGACGAGUCAUUGGUCAAGCUUCAAGAGCCCAAUGCCUUGGAUGACCCGGCGUUUGCAGCAUUUAUGAAUCCAAUGGUGAGGCAUGCGAUACACUUGACAUCUCUUCUAGAAGAGCAAUAUGUCUGGGUAGACAGGCUCUGUAUUAUCCAUGGCCAUGAUGAUACAGCUGAGCAGCUCAGCCUUAUGGGGUCGAUUUACGCCAGCGCCACAAUUACCAUUGUCGCAGCGGACGGGGUCGCGGAGGAUGGGAUAUCUGGCCUGAGAGAUGUUCUUCACUCUAGACCUCGCGACCUCAAACAAACAAGGGUGCCUUUUGGCAAUGAGCUUAUCCUUGGCAGAAACACGAGCCAGUUUUCCAUGGACAGUGGUACUCCGUAUUAUGAGCGCGGCUGGACCUACCAAGAACACAUGCUUGCCAGAAGGAAGAUAUUAUUCAAUCAGAAGGAGGUCCACUGGGAGUGCCAAUGUAGUCAGUUCCACGAAGAGUUGCUUCCGGAUGCGGUACUGGACAUCUAUAUUGAGCCGCGCCUGCAAGAGAUCAUGGCGGGUUUCCCGAUUUUGGACUCACUUGGACUCAUCGUUUCUCACUAUAACGGCCGGAACUUACGUUAUGACGAGGAUGCUCUUCCGGGGAUAAGGGGCCUGCUUGCGAUCCUAAGCCGUUCGUUCACGGGGGGCUUUCUCUACGGAAUUCCAGAAAUGUUCUUCGACAGGGCACUGGGAUGGGAACCGUCCUUUGGCGACACUAAUUUGCGUCGGAGGGACCCCUCAAAACGCCCUAAACACGAACAACUACUUUCAGAUAGCUUGCCAUCCUGGUCAUGGAUCGGAUGGCAAGGUCUUGUUGAGAUUGGGAGUGAAGCUAGUGAGAUAGAUCACCGUCAAUGGGGGCUUGAGGAGACUAUCCCCGUCACCGAAUGGUAUACAGGACACUCUCCAGAUACCCCCAGGACAUCCCAAAGGAGGAUCAGGUCCUUUUGGUAUGAAAAUCGCGAGCUUUGGAAAAACCCUGAGACUGCACUGCCGGCAGGCUGGAGCCGACACACAUUCGACUCAGAAGAGUCAAUCGGUUCCACAGAACAGUAUUUGUGGCCUGAUGGAUGUAAGGAUCAUGUUUACAGGCAUAAUCGUUACUCUGGAAGUAUACUACGACCUGGAGAUACCUGGUAUUUUCCUUUUCCCGUCGCGGAGAUUGAUGAGUCCACCCAGCCAUGUAUGCCAGAGCAGACGCCGUAUAUCUUUUGCAAAACACAGGUGGUGGAAGUUUGGACUUAUCGGACUAGUUACGGCAAUAUGCUGAGCCUGCAUGGCCGACUCGGCGAUCAGGUAGGAGAGCUUCACCUGCAUAAUGAGGACCAUCUUCAGCGAUUUCCAACCGCUGAAGCAGACCGAACGGGGACCUUGAUCAAACUCAUAUCAAUAAGUUUGUCGUACUCUCAUUCUAAAACCAGGGACAAGAAAACAGGUAAAUGGGGAAAGCCGCAUUUUAGAGAGUCCCACUACAGAGUAUUAUGGGUAGAAUGGCAGGGAAAUGUAGCCUACCGUCUUGCGAGUGGCCUUGUCAACGAAACAAAGUGGGAGUCACUACAACCUCAGGAAAUAGACGUAGUUCUUGGGUGA